AUGACGACUGAAAAGGUUUUGGGCAUGUGGUGGUGCACUUUGACGGAUACCUUCACCUACAAAUUGUCACGAAAUCAAAACGAAGAUCUGCUACUGGGCCGACGAAAACCCACGAAAAGAGAAGUCCUGCGUAUGUUAAUGUCAAUUUUUGACCCGCUGGGCUUAAUUUCACACAUUCUGAUUUUUCUGAAGGUGCUAUUACAAGAAGUGUGGCGGUCGUCUAUUGAAAUGGACGAUAUAAUACCGGAAAAACUCCAAGGGAAGUGGGAACAAUGGCCCGAAAUCCUGCCAGAAGUUCAAAACAUUAGAAUACCCCGUUGUUAUCGAUCGGUAACGCCCCUUAAUCCGGAAACUACUGUGCAACUUCACACCUUCGUGGACGCGAGCGAGUCAGGGUACGCUUGUGAUGUGUAUCUUCGCUUCCAGAACCUAGACAGCAUUGAAUGCUCAAUCGUUGGGGCAAAGUCCCGUGUUGCCCCACUAAAGUUUCUUUCAAUACCCAGACUGGAACUUCAAGCUGCCGUAAUUGGAGCCAGACUAGCAAACUCAAUUACACAAUCACUUUCGUUGAAAAUAGAUCAACACAUUUUUUGGUCCGAUUCAAGAGACGUACUCUACUGUAUACGAUCAGAUCACCGACGGUACUCCCAGUUUGUCGCAUUUCGGGUUAGCGAAAUCCUUGAAACGACUGGUAUCGAUAGUUGGCGAUGGUUGCCAUCCAAAGAAAACGUGGCUGAUGAGGCAACGAAGUGGCAAAGACGGCCAACCUUGGAGAGUAAUAGUAGGUGGUUUAGUGCUCCGGGGUUCUUGUGGCAGAUGAAUGGACACUGGCCCUCAGAACCCUUAGCUGCUCAUUCGACAGAAGAAGAACUUCGGCCAAAUCUAUUCUACCACGAAAUGGCAUCAGAAUCACCCAUACGGUUCGAACGGUUUUUCCGAUGGAAGCAUUUACUUCGUGUGACAGCGAUGGUAUGGAGAUUCGUGGCUAAUACUAGGUGCAAAGGUACAUCACAACGCACCACAGGUCCUUUGUCUAGAGAACAACUACAACAUGCAGAAAGAUGCUUAUACAAACUGGUGCAGCAGGAUUCGUUCGCAAAAGAAAUACAAGUACUUUCUAGCAGUAAUGAUGACGCAAAAUUGGUUCCAAAAUCUAGCUCGAUUUAUCGUGAAAAUCCAUAUCUCGACGACCAAGGAGUAGUUAGACGGCGUGGAAGAACUAAUCUAUGCACAUAUGCAACCACCGAUGCAAAAAAUCUUGUAAUCCUUCCUAAGACUCAUCACGUUACGAGGCUAAUCGUCCAAGAUUAUCAUGUGCGUUAUCACCAUCGAAACCACGAGACGAUCGUUAAUGAGGUACGCCAAAGGUACUACAUCCCUAAACUUAGAGUAGUUUACCGAAGAGUCAGAUCCGAGUGUCAACUUUGUAAAAAUCGUAACGCCGUACCACAUGCUCCUCGGAUGGCAGAACUUCCUUCUGUCCGAUUAGCAGCAUUUGAAAGACCCUUUUCAUAUGUCGGUGUCGAUUACUUUGGACCCUUGUCAGUAGUUGUAGGCAGAAGAACGGAAAAGCAUUGGGGAGUACUCAUAACGUGUUUAACGAUACGAGCCAUACAUCUCGAAAUAGCACAUUCCCUAAGUACGGAUUCAUGCGUGAUGGCACUGAGAAAUUUCAUGGCUAGACGAGGAGUACCGAAUCGAAUCUACAGUGACCGCGGUACCAAUUUUAAAGCGGCCAGCAAGGAGUUAAAAGCUAUGCUAAAGGACUUGGAUCAAGACAAAAUGAUACGAGAAAUAGUAAGCCCUCAAAUGGAAUGGACAUUCCUACCACCAGCGUCCCCCCAUAUGGGUGGAUCGUGGGAGCGACUUAUCCAAACUGUAAAAAUUAAUCUCGACCACAUUAAGCCAGAACGUAAUUUAACCGACGAAAUCCUCAGCAACACCUUGAUAAAAAUUGAAAACAUCGUAAAUUCACGACCCCUCACAUACGUUCCUCUAGAUGACCCAGACGCCCCCGUUUUAACUCCGAAUCACUUCAUCUUGGGAUCAUCUAGUGGAUUCAGACCAGCAACCCUACUGGGCGACAGGUGUAUGAAUUUGAAGCGGUCUUGGCGAUGCUCACAGGUUGAAGCGAAUUUGUUCUGGAAACGCUGGGUACGCGACUACUUACCAGAAAUUUCUAAACAAACGAAAUGGUAUAAAGACGUAAAGCCAAUCGGAAUCGGCGACAUCGUCGUUAUUGUUGAUUCCCAGCUUCCCAGGAAUUGCUGGCCUAAAGGUCGAAUUAUUGCAGUCAACAUUAGCAGAGAUGGACGAGUAAGGUCAGCAACAGUUCAAACAGCAAAGGGUAUUUACGAAAGUCCGGCAGUCAAAUUGGCAGUCCUAGAUGUUCGGCGCGAAUUAGUAGUAAACCAAUUGCAAGCAGAUGGCGUACGAGGGGGAGUGUAA